AUGGUUCUGGAGGACUUGGUGGGCGCGUGGGGCGACUUCACGGGUUCCGACACGUGGAAGGACUCUGACAAGAAGUGCGACCACUACGUGGGCAUCAAGUGCGCCGACAACGGCUAUGUCAUCAACAUUGAUCUGUCUGGGAACAGCAUCACGGGGUCUGCCGCGUCUCUUUCCAAAUUCACUGCCCUCUCCUACAUCGACGUGUCGGGCAACAGCAACCUGAACACGGGGUUCUCAUCGCUCACAAACCUCAAGCAGCUCAAACACCUGUCAGUCACCCGCCGUCUCUUCCCUCACUCCCACCCAUCGCCCCUCAUGCAUCUCCUCCUCCCCCUGUCACCCGCCCACUGUCUGCCAUUGCUCAUCCUCGUUAGAGACAUCGCCGACACUGGCUACGAGGGCUCCAUCUCCACCUUCGUCUCCAAGCUCACGGCCCUCACUCACCUGUAUGCACAGGAUCACCUGCUCCGCACAGCCAACUACAAUUCCCCCUCUCUGCUCAUGUCACUGCCGAACCCACUGACGCACCACUCCCUACCUUUCUUCACCACUCCUUGCAACUCCGCCGCACCUCUUGCUUCGUUCUGGAACGCCUGCCAUCCUUCUCUCCCGCACUCUGCUUCGUGCUGCUCUCCUUGCACUGUGUCAUUUUUUCACUCUUCCCCCUCUGCUCCCCUCCCCCCCCCACCCCUUCAACCCUCACCCUCCCCGCCCCCCUUCUCGCCCACCGUGCCCACCGCCCUGCCCCCCCGCGCCACACACACCACCACCAGCGACAUGAGCUCCAACUCCCUCACAGGCUCCAUCCCCAACUUCAUCAGUGCUCUGCAGAAACUCGUGUACCUGGGGCUGUCAGCCUCGGGGGAGGACGGGCUCAAGGGGACCCUGCCCUCCGGCCUGGGGAAGCUCACCCGCCUCAACGAGCUCUACCUGCAACGCAACGGUCUGAGCGGCCCUGUCAGCGUGCUCACCUCCCUCACCAAACUCAACCGCCUGCUGCUAGGCAACAACUACUUCAAUGGCUCCUUCCCGCAGGGCUUCUCCAAUCUCAAGAGCCUCAACUACCUGAGCAUGCGUUACAACGGCUUUGAGGGUCGCAUUCCCAACACCAUCAGCACUCUCACCAAGCUCACGUACCUCUCGCUGAACAACAACCGCUUCAAGGGCAUCAUUCCGCGCACCAUCACCGCGCUCACCAAGCUCAGCAACCUCCUUCUGCAGGACAACUUCCUCGAUGGCUACGUGCCCUCCUUCUCAUCCCUCAAGACGCUCACCGAAGUGGACCUGAGUGCCAACUACUUCACCGGGCCUCCUCCCAGCUUCUACAAGGCCCCUACCACACUCAACCUCGACGACAACUACUUCUUUGGUUCUUCCCUGCCUAAGGACAAGGAUGGGAAGACUAUUUGCGCGGCAUCUCUGGCCAAGAACUGCCUGACAAUUUCCUCCUCAGAGGGCGAUUCCCUGCCUGCCGAUUGCUGCGCCAAGGCAUUGCAGAGGACUGCUGCUGCGUGCAGCGCGUUCUGCGGCACUUCUGGGAAUGUGCAGUGCGGCGGCAUCCGCAUUGGCGUAUGCUACCCGUCGGAUAAGGUUGUGGAGACCAGUGGGAGUACUAUCGAUCCCGGAUGCCUUUGCGCCAAUGGGUGGAAGUUGUCGGAUGAUAAGCAGAAGUGCACCAAGUGA